GAUCAAAAUUGUGGCAAAAACAUGCUUAAAAUAAUGCAUUCAAGUUAUGGGAUGACAAAAAUAAUGGUCACAUAUAGGCCAUAUGUUGAUGAAGAGCGUACUAAUUUAGACAAAGGUUAAAACUUUGUUGUUUAAGCUAUAGUGAUGGAACGAGUUGAUCUGAUCACGCUGGAGGUGGAAAAGAAGUUGGAACCAUCAUCAGCAAUGUCGAAAUACUUCAUGUAUCAUAGAGGCAACACAAUUAAAAUUAAGGAGAGUGACGCGUCAUGAGAAAUAAUUGUUUUCCUUUCCAUAAAGCAAUCACAGUAACUCUCAAUGCUAGAUAGGUAACGAAAUGGUAGCUAGGCUAGCUAACCAAGAACUAGCUGUCCUAACCACCCAACUGCUAUUCCGUCCCCAUUGUCCAUUGAACCUGCUCGGAACAAUAUGUGAAGGGCGUUGCAUAGUAUCAAAAGACCGCCGAUAGAGGAUUAUGGUGCAAGCCAACAAUGAUGAUGAUUAUUAUGUUGAGUUGAGUUGUGCAUAUGAAGCACAUAAAUAAUACUGUCAAACUCUUGUAACCAACUCCAUCUACAAAUAAUAUAUCGUAUGAAUAUGAUUUUGAAACUCUUACGGGUCGUUUGGAUGCAGUAUUUUGAUGAGAUAAUUUAGUCGAAAUAACUCAGAAUGAUGUAUUUUAAUCAAAAUAACUCGUUUGGCAAAAAUAAAGUAGAAUGUGGUAUUUUGUCCACGAGUCAAUUGAAAUAACUCAUUGUGAGUUAUUUGAAAUACCUACCCACCCCCUAGUUAUUUCAAAUACCUCAUCUCCCAACUUCUUUUUCCACUUCAUCUCUUAUUUAAGUGGUGAAAUACCACAAUAUUUGAAUGUUUUAUCCAAACAAGACAAUUACACCAAUUACCACAUUUCAAAAUGAAAUACCACAUGAAAUGGCACAUAGCAAAAUAAUGCAUCAUUUGGAUUCGAAAUACCAUAGAACCAAAAUCAUGCAUCCAAACGACCCGUUAAAGAUUGUGAUAGUCACCAAGUUUUUUUUUUUUAUCAAACGUGCUAGCUAGCAACUUAACCCUUUUUUCUUUGGUGUUCCAUCGUUUGCUUGUUACUUAAGUGAGUAAUAAGAGUUCAUUUUUCGACGUUACUCGUUGAGUUAUUAUCAAAUUACUUUUAGACCCCCAUAAAACGAUAAUGAUAAUUCUUGAUACAUAUCAUUUCGGGAAAUUAGAAGUUCUAAUCUAACUAGAAUUUUCUGGUGUACUACAUUUUUACGGACAAAAAUUUCACCUUUAUUCUCUUUUCCUCUCUUUUAGUUUUCAAUUUUUGAAUACCACAAUUCAAAAAUAUAUCGAAGAAAAAAAAAAUAAAGAGCUGCAUUGCGAUUGCCUCAUUUAUCCUCCUUUUUCUACUACUUAUUAUUCACAACAAAUUAUUUAAAAAAAAAAACAAAGGAAAAAAUUAGAUUGCACCACCACCAUCUACAUCGGAUCGGAGGAAAUAAACUGAUAAUUAAUUAACACCCAACCUAGUUACAGAAAUUUAAUACAUUCGUAUACGUUUUUCUCAUCGAUCUAAUUACCGUUACGAACACAUUUAUGGGAAGAUUAUUAUAUCCCGUAAUUAGCUCAUCCCAUUUACCUUUUCAACCUGCACACAUCCAUUCAGUAUAGGGAGAUCUGGUGAAGAUCGAUCAUAACCAACAUUCAUCUCAAACCCUCAUUAUCCUUUCUCCGAUCCUCUCAUAUAUAUCUAUUCUCUCUCUAUAAAAUUUCAUAGCGUUAAGCUAUCCAAAAAAAGUGGUAACAAGCUAGAAUACAAUACAUUAUUGCCGUUCGUCGAUCACUUUCCGCAAAGAAGUUGGUGGUUUUUGAUAUGACGACUCCAGCCUCACAACCGGAGCUCUUUGAGCUCAGCAAUGGCUCCAUGAAGGUCAAGAUCACCAAUUUGGGUUGCACAAUCACAUCCUUGGAAGUUCCGGACAAAAAUGGAAAUUUAGCUGAUGUUGUUCUUGGGUUUGAUUCCAUCGAGCCAUACCAGAAAGGUUUAGCACCAUACUUUGGGUGCAUAGUGGGACGAGUAGCAAAUAGGAUAAAGGACGGCAAAUUUAGCUUGGAGGGAGUUGAAUACACUCUGCCUCUCAACAGGCCUCCAAACAGCCUCCAUGGUGGUAACAAGGGAUUUGACAAGAUGGUCUGGGAGGUUGCUCAACAAACUCAAGGCCAAACCCCAUCCAUAACCUUCAAGUACCACAGCCGUGAUGGAGAGGAAGGGUACCCUGGCGACCUUGCGGUGACCGCAACUUAUUCACUGAUAUCGAACACUACACUGAAACUCGAAAUGGAAGCCGUGCCGGACAAGAAAGCCACUCCGGUGAGCUUAGCGCAGCACACAUACUGGAACCUCGCCGGACACAGCCACGGUACCAUAUUGGACCAUUCUAUCCAGAUAUGGGGAUCCCACGUCACCCCGGUCGACCAGAACACGCUCCCCACGGGGGAGAUCCUCUCGGUGAAAGGGACGCCUUUCGAUUUCACGGCCGAGAAGAGGAUCGGGGCCUCGAUCCACGAGGUCGAGGGCCCGGGCUACGACCACAACUACGUGCUGCAGCAGGAUGGCAAUGGGGAUCAGAAGUAUUCGGGCCUGAGGCUCGCGGCGAAGCUCAGGGAACCUUCCAGCGGCAGAGCCAUGGCUCUGUGGACCAAUGCGCCAGGGAUGCAGUUCUACACGGCGAACAAUGUGAAUGGGAUUGCGGGGAAAGGUGGGGCGAACUACGGGAAGCACUCUGCGGUGUGUUUGGAGACUCAGGGUUUCCCCAAUGCUGUCAAUCAGCCGAAUUUCCCUUCUGUGAUUGUGCAGCCUGGGCACAAGUACCAGCAUGCCAUGGUGUUCGAGUUUUCAGCUGAAUGAGGAACACAGUGUGUGUGUGUGGCCGUGUGGGGCUUUAUUUGAAUGGAGUUCAUACAUAUACUGGUUCAGUAUGUUAUGAUCAUAUGAUGAACAGAUCAAUUGAGGAAGUUCUGGCCCUCUGUUUCUAAUAUAAACAGAGUGUACUGUUGCUUUAGUAUAAUGUUUUGAUUAGUAUCCUUUCACAUAGAUGAUCAAGGAAAAUUAAUAAGAAGAUAUAUAUGGUUUGUUUUCUUAUAAAGGAGAAGAGUGAGAUUGAUAUAUGUUUCAUUCUCCCAGAUUCUAGGUUGGUUCUAGAAAAUCGUUACAUUUUAACUUCGUUAGUUAUUGUUCGGGAUAUUGAUGGUUGUUUUAUUAUGACAAAUGCAUAUACAAUCUUCUACUUUUAAUUUAGAAGAAUCUUGCAAAAAUAUUUUUAUAGUAUCGGUGCUUUGAUUUACAACAAAAAAAAUUAUAUAAUACAAAUUGAGCUUGUACUCAAUUAUUUUGUAAAAACAUGUAUAUUUUAAGAAAUUUUAUAAAAAUUA